AUGCCAGACCCGGUGGAUAAGGAGCUCCAGCCUUCUGAUACUCAAGCUGCUCCUCUCGCGCCGACCGAUUUCGAACGGUCUGGCAAGUCAGACGAGGAUCAAAUAAAAGAGUCUGAAGAGAAGCGCAGUGCAGAAAGAAGACAAUCCGAAGAAUUCAAUGAGAAGAACGAAUCCCGACUCGCAGACCUCGAGGAAGUCAACACUGGUGCAUCUGAAGCACAAACAAUUUCCCGGGCGACAUCAGGUCCAAAGGACCCCCCAAAGAAGUCAUGGCACAAGAAAAUGAACCCUCUCCGCUGGGGCUCGCCACCUCCAGUCCCUGAAAAGUCAGUAAAGAGUCGGGAACACGAAGCAGGCUUUCUCAGCAGGUUGACGUUCCAAUGGAUGAGUCCUCUAAUGCAUGCUGGUUAUCGAAGACCCCUGGAACCGAAUGACAUUUGGACAGUCAACCCGGAUAGGUCAGUCGAGCCUCUGACUCUGAAAAUGAAGGAGUCGUUCCAGAGACGAGUCGAAGGUGGCGAGAAGAACCCUCUAUUUUGGGCCAUGCACGAAACCUUCAAGGCUGAAUUUUGGACCGGUGGCGCAUGUGCACUCUACACCAGUAUCAUACAAGUCAUCAGCCCUUUCACACUUCGAUACCUAAUUCAAUUCGCUGCCGAUGCCUAUGUAGCGAACCAAACUGGCGGGCCUCCGCCCCAUAUCGGCAAGGGUGUAGGCCUGGCUGUCGGUAUUACGCUGAUGCAAAUCACCCAAAGUUUGGGGACCAACCAUUACAUCUACCGAGGUAUGACAGUGGGCGGUCAGACCAGAGGAGUUCUGAUUGGCCUCAUCUAUGAAAAGUCGCUGGUCAUCUCCGGCCGCGCCAAAGCUGAGGGUGCUUUGCAGAGCAAUGUUCGCGAUGCAGAAGACGAUGCUAAAGCCAAGAAGAAAGCAAAGAAAGCAAAGAAGGCCAAACCAGAUGCUUCAGAUGGUACUGGCUGGGGAAAUGGUCGAAUCACUGCCUUACAGAGUGUCGAUACCUACCGUGUCGAUCAAGCUUCUGCUCUCUUCCAUAUGGUAUGGACAUCCCCGAUCCUGUGUCUACUUACAUUGGCCCUUCUUCUCGUCAACAUUACCUACAGCGCCUUGGCUGGUUAUGGUUUGUUGGUUAUUGGUAUGCCUUUCCUGACAAGGGCGAUCCGGAGCCUGUUCCAUCGACGACGAGCCAUCAACCUAAUAACCGAUCAACGUGUUUCUCUCACCCAGGAAAUUUUGCAGUCUGUUCGUUUUGUCAAGUACUUUGGUUGGGAAAAGGCCUUCCUAGAACGUCUGGGAGAUCUCAGAAACAAGGAGAUUCGCGCCAUUCAGAUCUUGCUCGCCAUCAGAAACGCCCUCAACGCCGUCAGCAUGUCGCUGCCCAUUUUCGCCUCUAUGCUUUCCUUCAUCUGUUAUUCCCUGACUCACAAUGGGCUUACAGCCGCUGAAGUCUUCUCAUCGCUGGCAUUGUUCAACGGCCUUCGAAUCCCCCUGAACUUGUUACCGAUGGUCUUGGGCCAAGUGAUUGACGCCUGGGGAUCUGUUCAGCGAAUUGAGGAGUUCCUGCUCCAGGAAGAGACAGUUGAAGACACGGUAUUUGAUGCAAAGGGAGAUGAUGCGAUUCGACUUGAGGAUGCUUCGUUUACUUGGGAGAAAUCUCACAAGGAGGAAGCUGGUAGAGAAGAGAAGGGCAAGAAGGAAAAGACAAAACAAGCUCCUCCUCCUCAGGUUGAGUCUUCUGGCGAUGAUACGAGCACUCUUGUUGAGGAGAGGGAGCCCUUCAAGCUUCAGGAUCUCAACUUCGACGUUAAAAGGAACGAGCUGGUUGCUGUCAUUGGUUCAGUGGGUAGCGGCAAGAGUUCCCUUCUAUCUGCCCUGGCUGGAGAUAUGCGAAAGACAAACGGCCAAGUUACCUUUGGCUCAUCCAGAGCGUUUUGUCCCCAAUAUGCUUGGAUCCAAAACACCACUCUCAAGAACAACAUUAUAUUUGGCAAAGAUAUAGACAAGGCAUGGUAUAACAAGGUCAUCCAAGCUUGCGCUCUUCAGGCAGAUAUCGAUAUGCUUCCUAAUGGUGAUUUGACAGAAAUCGGCGAACGCGGUAUUACUAUCUCUGGUGGUCAGAAGCAGCGUCUCAAUAUUGCCCGAGCUAUUUACUUCGAUGCUGAUAUUGUACUCAUGGACGACCCUCUCAGUGCUGUUGACGCCCACGUCGGACGACACAUCUUCGACAAUGCUAUUCUCGGUCUUCUUAAGGAUAAAUGUCGUAUCUUGGCCACUCAUCAGCUCUGGGUCCUGAGCAGAUGUGACCGCAUCAUCUGGAUGGAGCACGGAAAAAUCCAAGCUAUCGACACUUUUGAGAAGCUUAUGAGGGACCACAAGGGAUUCCAGACUCUAAUGGAGACUACUGCCAUCGAAGAGAAGCGCGAAGAGGUUGAAAAGCCUAUCGACGGCGAUGAGCCCACCGCGGACGAGAAGAAGAAGAAAAAGAAGAAGGGCGCUGCUCUGAUGACUCAAGAAGAAAGGGCCAGUGCUAGUGUUUCGUGGUCUGUCUACGGUGCCUACAUCAAGGCAUCCGGCUCGAUCCUGAACGCUCCACUGGUACUGUUCCUCCUCAUUAUAUCCCAAGGAGCCAACAUCGUCACGAGUCUAUGGCUGUCAUACUGGACUUCAGAUAAGUUCAAUCUGUCAACGGGUGUAUACAUUGGCAUUUACGCAGCACUCGGUGUUGUUCAGGCUAUUCUGAUGUUUGCAUUUUCGGUCGUCCUAUCUAUCCUUGGUACAAAGUCGAGUAAAGUCAUGCUUCGAAUCGCUGUCACUCGUGUUUUGCGAGCACCCAUGUCUUUCUUUGACACGACGCCCCUUGGACGCAUUACGAACCGCUUCUCCAGAGAUGUUGAUGUUAUGGACAACAACCUCUCGGAUGCGCUUCGCAUGUUCUUGCUUACCAUGGGCAUGAUUACGUCUGUGUUCAUUCUCAUCAUUGCGUUCUAUUACUACUUUGUCAUCGCUCUGGUUCCCCUCUAUGUUGCAUUCGUUAUCGCAGCUAUCUACUAUCGUGCAUCAGCCCGCGAGGUCAAACGCUUUGAGUCUGUUCUUCGAUCGCACGUCUUUGCUAAGUUCGGAGAGGGUCUCACUGGUGUGGCAUCUAUCCGAGCUUAUGGACUUCAGAACCGCUUCAUUAAUGAGUUGCGCGACUCUAUUGACGAGAUGAAUGGUGCAUACUACAUCACUUUUGCCAACCAGAGAUGGCUGUCCAUGCGAAUUGAUCUUAUUGGUGUACUUCUCGUCUUUGUUACAGCCAUCCUCGUUGUCACUUCACGUUUCUCCAUCAACCCUUCUAUUGGCGGUCUCGUCUUGAGUUAUAUCUUGUCAAUCGUGGGUAUGAUGCAGUUUUCAGUUCGUCAGCUUGCCGAAGUUGAGAAUGCCAUGAACGCUGUUGAGAGACUCUACUACUACGGCACGGAACUCGAAGAGGAGGCCCCCUCCCAUACAGUCGAAGUGCGCAAGUCAUGGCCCGAGAAGGGUGAGAUUGUCUUUGACAAUGUUGAGAUGCGAUACCGAGCAGGCCUCCCGCUGGUUCUCUCAGGAUUGACAAUGCAUGUCAAGGGUGGCGAGCGUAUUGGUAUUGUCGGACGUACUGGUGCCGGAAAGAGUUCUAUCAUGAGCACGCUCUUCCGUCUAGUAGAAAUCUCGGGUGGAAAAAUCACCAUUGAUGGACUUGAUAUUUCCACCCUUGGUCUUCACGAUCUUCGAUCUCGUCUUGCCAUCAUCCCACAAGAUCCUACGCUAUUCCGAGGAACUGUUCGCAGCAACCUCGAUCCUUUUAGUGAACACACCGACCUAGAACUUUGGUACGCGCUUCGCAAGGCAGAUCUCGUCUCUGCCGACGCCGAAACACCCGAGGACGCUCGCCGCACAAACGACCCUUCACGUAUCCAUCUCGACACAGCCGUCGAAGAAGAUGGCCUCAACUUCUCGCUCGGUCAACGACAGCUCAUGGCUCUUGCGCGAGCUCUGGUCCGAGGUGCCCAGAUCAUCGUCUGUGACGAAGCCACUUCAUCAGUCGACAUGGAGACAGACGACAAGAUACAGGCUACUAUGGCGGUUGGCUUCCGAGGCAAGACACUAUUGUGUAUUGCUCAUCGACUGCGUACCAUCAUUGGCUACGACCGCAUCUGUGUUAUGGAUGCGGGACGUAUCGCCGAGUUGGAUACGCCACUGCAUCUUUGGAAGCAGGGUGGCAUAUUCCGCAGCAUGUGUGAUCGCAGUGGUAUCAGAAUGGAGGACAUUCACGGUGCAAGGGAAGAACUCAGCAGUGCGGUUGGAGAGUCGAGUGGACAGUGA